AUGACCCUGGACCAGGGACACUUGACAAUCGAGUGGAAUAAUGCAGACACCGACACCAAAGAGGGGAACUUCGUCGCCAUUUCCAAUGAAACUAAUGUCAAGCUACUGAGAUCUGAAACUCUUCAAAAGAGCUUGGUGAAUGCUGUUCUGGAGGUCAAUCAAAAGGUGGAUAUGAAAUAUUUCGAGGGUUACUCCAAGUUAAAGUUGAUUCAGGUUAAUAAGUACGAACCCUUUGAGAAUAUAACAGCCAUAAUUUGCAACAGGAAUCGAGGGAACUGCGAAUUCACCCUCGGAAUCAACGAUAGAAAGUGCCCCGCUGAAUGCCAGUGUCGAUUUUAUUGGGGAAAUAUGACCUUGCAUAUCGAUUGUUCGAAGCGUGGACUUACCUAUGUCCCACCAUUGCCAGUCCCUAUUACUGGAGGAGAUGCGGCUCUGAAUUUGAGGGGAAAUGAUAUAAGGGAGCUGCCCAUCAAUUCAUUGAGUGGAUAUAAUGAAAUAACCAGUUUAAUCGUGUCCAAUAAUAGAUUAACUAGUCUUGGAAUUGAUCGGCUGCCAAGUAAACUGAAUAUUCUGGACAUCAGGUACAACAGCAUCCAAACACUCGGCAAAGAUGUGAUCGAAUAUCUCUCGAAUCUUGCGGAUUUCCUGCAGUGCGGCAACCAAUGGAUCGUCCAUUGCGACGACCAUAAUCUGAUGCAGUUUCUGCACAAAAUUUACCUUCGAUCUCUUAAGGGUAAUCUCGCCUGGUGGGCGGAUACAAUAAAUCUUCAUCAUCUGAAUGCACCGUGUCCCGAUGGAUGCGAUUGUUGCUUUAACCGGAGCACGGAUCACUUUAUGAUCGACUGUAGGCAUGCUGGUAUCAACUAUUAUCCCCAACUUGCGCACUCCAUACCCUACAAUGCCAUCCUGCAGUUGGAUGGGAAUAAAAUAAGCAGCAUUGAAGACUCAUUGGGUCACGCUUCUCUGAAGAAACUUCAUUUGUUUGAGAACAGAAUAACGUACUUGCCAUUCCACUUGAUUCCCAAGAACAUCACACAUUUGGAUCUACGAAAAAACAUGUUGGAGGCUCUCGAUGACAAGGUGGUCGAUUUAUUGAGAGAUCGCGAGGUCCAAUUAUCUGGAAAUCCCUGGUCAUGCGACUGCAGGGCAAAGGCCUUCCUUUCAUUUCUGAGGCAAAGGGAACCGCUGGAGUAUUCCGCCGCUCUGGAUCGUUGUAAUAUAUAUUCAGGAACGUGUCCAGAGGACUGCAUCUGCUGUCUGGACAAUUCUACCUCGCCUUCAUUGAUUGUCGACUGCAGAUUGAAAGGACUCACAGAAAUACCAGAACUACCCAUACCAAUAUCUGGACAAUCGACUCUUCAUUUCGAAGGGAAUUAUCUCGGAGCAUUGCCCUCCCAUUCCCUGCCCGGAUAUGCCCGGAUAGGCCAUCUCUAUCUGGCCAACAAUCGACUAACUGAGAUCGAUCAACUGCCUGAGAAUAUAACAACCCUCGACAUAAGAAACAAUAGCAUUUCGUUGCUGAGCCAUCGGAUGAGAGUCUUCUUCGAUGUGAGAAUAGCCGCCUCCACCCAGCUAAAGUUAUUCUUGUCUGGGAAUCCGUGGACUUGCACUUGCGAGGACAAAGAUUUCCUUGACUUUGUGAAGACUCGUUCGCUGCAUAUGGAAAACCUAUCCGACAUCUACUGCGGUGGCACGGGCCAGCUGCUGAUACUCACAGAUGAGAGUCAUUUGUGCCCUUCAGGCUUGGUUCACUAUGUGACUCUCACCAUUUCGUUCAUGCUAAUGGUCCUAACCAUAAACUUGAUCUUUUACUUCAAACAGCCAAUCCUGAUCUGGUUAUACGAGCACAGAGUAUGCCUCAGCCUGGCCGACGAACGGGAAUGCGACAAACUAAAGAGGUUCGAUGCAUUUCUGUCGUUCACCCACAAGGACGAGGAGCUCAUUGAGGAGUUCGUGGAGAGACUGGAGAAUGGCGGCCACUGCUUCAGACUCUGCUUCUAUCUGCGCGACUGGCUCGUGGGCGAGUCCAUUCCCGAGUGCAUCAGCCAAUCUGUCAAGGACUCGAAGCGCAUCAUCAUCCUGAUGACGAACAACUUCCUGCAGUCGACUUGGGGGCGACUGGAGUUCCGACUCGCUCUACACGCCACCUCCCAGGAUCGAUGCAAGCGAUUGAUUGUGGUCCUCUAUCCCGAAGUGGAGAACUUUGAUGAUCUCGACAGCGAACUGCGGACCUACAUGUGCGACGAGAGCCUGAAACAGAAGCAAUAG